AUGGAAAAAGUUGAGGCAGUUGAUAUUAGGGUGAAGAAGUAUUUGGAAUUGGCGGGUUACGAAAAGUGGGCUAGGUCGUAUGCAACAGUUCACCGAGGAUGGAAUUUGACUUCAAACAUUUUGGAGUCAAUAAAUAAAGUGCUUGUAUCAGCUAGAGAACUGCCAAUUUAUGACUUUCUUGAGGAAGUUCUAUUAUUGUUUGUAAAAUGGAAUUGCGCAAAUAGGCAGGAGGCUUCAUAUACCUUCAGAACACUCAUUGAAAAGUUUAAUGACAUGCUCAGUGAGAAUGAGGCUUUGUGUACUCGUAUGACGGUUGUACCAUCGACAGAAUAUAUGUAUACGGUACACGACAAACAAAAGCACUUCAUUAUUUGCAUCAAGAAAAAAAUACUCAUGUAA